AUGAAGGAUGUCUCUGAGAUCAUGAAGAAGCAGGCCACCCUCAAUAUCGGGACUAUUGGGCAUGUUGCACAUGGCAAGUCCACUAUUGUAAAGGCAAUAAGCGGAAUAAGCACAAUAAAGUUCAAGGCUGAACUUGAACGUAACAUUACGAUAAAGUUAGGGUAUGCCAAUGCCAAGAUAUACAAGUGUGACUCCAAAUGCAUCAGACCAAACUGCUACCAGUCUUUUGGGAGUUCAAGCCCGGACCAGCUUCCUUGCAAGAAGUGUGGAGGCACCUUGAACCUGGUAAGGCAUGUGUCUUUUGUGGACUGUCCUGGGCACGAUGUUCUGAUGGCCACGAUGCUGAAUGGAACAGCCAUAAUGGACUCAGUACUGCUUCUGAUAGCAGCCAACGAACCCUGUCCACAGCCCCAGACCACUGAACAUCUGUUUGCAGUGGAGAUUAUGAAUCUCAAAAAGGUUCUUGUUGUACAGAAUAAGAUCGACCUUGUCUCGAGGGAGCAGGCACUGGAGCAGCAUGAUCAAAUCCAGAAGUUCCUGAAGACUUCGAAUGUUUCGGGGCCUGUAGUUCCAACGGCAGCCCAACUUGGAGUCAACAUCCCAGCACUUCUGGACUUCAUUGUCAAUUACAUCCCAGAACCAUCAAGGGACUCUGCAGCACAUCCAAAGAUGGUUGUCAUCAGAAGUUUUGAUGUCAACAGGCCUGGAACCAAGGUGAGUGAUAUGUCUGGAGGGGUGAUUGGGGGAAGUCUUGUCACAGGAAUGCUAAAGGUUGGAGACAAAAUUGAGAUAAGACCGGGACUGGUGACAAAGAAAAAUAACAAGUUUGUAUGCCGGCCUUUUGUCUCUGAGAUUGUUUCUUUGAAAGCAGAAAACACAGAUCUUGAUGAAGCAUAUCCUGGAGGACUAAUAGGUGUUGGAACAACAAUGGAUCCCUCGUUUUGUAAGGCAGACAAGCUGGUUGGGCAGGUGAUGGGGAAGUUUGGGUUUCUCCCCUCAAUAUUCCACAGGAUAACUGUCGAGUACAGUCUUUUCCCAAAAACGACAGUCCAAGGGAACUUCAAGCUGAAGGAGGGAGAGCAUGUGCUGUUGAACAUAGGAAGCACAACAACAGGGAGUGUGAUAGGGAAGAUCGGAGAGACCAUUGGGGAAUUUGAUCUUGUGAAGCCUGCAUGCUGUGAGAUUGGAGAAAGAAUAGCGAUAUCAAGGAAGAUUAACAACCACUGGAGACUGAUAGGCCACGGGGAGAUCAAGAGUGGGAUAUGUGUUGAGCCGGAGUACAGUGUCGAAAUAGAUUCCAAGUAA